AUGGCUCCGAAAAUGGCACGCCAGUCACAAGCGUCACCGCAGACCCUUGCGCCCGUCAACUUGGGCGCUUAUGGCACGCCUUCAACAAGCCAGCCGUCCACCUCUUCAGCCGGCGCCCAAGCCAAGCCGCCCGUCGACAUAGCUGACCUGUGGGCGCAGCUGGCAGCGGCCUCCCCAACCGGCGGAGGCCGCGAUCGUUCCUCUCCAGCCGGGGUGCCCAAACGGCCCCUCUCCUUCAACCGGAUGAAGGACGACGCCCGCCGCUACCAACCCUUCCGAAAUCACUUCACCCUCACACGCCUCAUGUCCACCGCCAAUCCUGCUCUGGCCCACAAGAUGGAAGCCUUCUACAUCGCGCAGUUCAAGGCCCGGGGGCCGGGAGGCUACAAUGUGCUGCACGGGCCGCCUUCCGCCAGCCCGGCCUUCUACGCCAUGACCCAACAACGCGCAGGCGGCGCCCACACGCCCACCGCCGUCACAGUCCAGGACGAUGACGCCCCUGCCACGCUUGCCUAG